AUGAAUAAAGCAGUGAAACUGGAGCUCACGGUGGAACUGAGUCUGCACUGCGGUGAAGAUAGUUUGAGAAAGUUCGUCAUUGAGAACCCCUGUCAGAUCUCUUUGCUCACUUCAUCCGGAUUCGAGGUUCCUCUCCCCGGAGCGAUCGAUCCUGAUCCUUCCCUCUCUGGGAAUGGAUUGCUUUGGGAAGUUGCAUAUUGCAUUCAUUUAAUCCAGAUCGACUCGGUGAAGCGUUCCCCAGACUCUCAAGCCGCAGACACACAUCUUACAUCGGGGCUGUUGGGAGGUGAACUAGUGUUGCCAAUUAUAACUGUGGAUUCCCUUGAUCCCCCAUCAAUUGCGACACGUUACCCUGUUAUUCCCCCGCCCCCGACCUUUCGCCCCUUCCUCACCUUGCUCGAGACCACCAAAGAGUCUCUCGCCCUGCCCGGGCGGCCCCCUUGUCCACUAGACCAGGAGGACUGCGAAGAGCCCAUGGAGGUCUCGGCCUACGGCUCGGGCGAGAUGACGGAGUCCGACGAUGAGGAUUACUAUAAAAACUCGCCCCUUGUCACUGAUCGGACGGUACUCCCGCCUCCCCCCCGGGGUGAUCGCCCCUUUGCCCGUUUGCCCAACUCCCAUCGGCCGCCGCUCCCCUUCACCCCUACGGCCCCACCAGUUUCCCGACUCAAACCUGGCAUCAACACUGGCCCCAACAUCCCGGCGGGUAAAAUGAACACUCGUGACCAAGUGCUCCUGCCGCCCGCUCCGCCGUCGGGCGAACCAGAACACGGCGGGCGGCAUCGACACAACCCAGGUAUAACGUAUCCCCCCAAUUUCCCCCAUGUCCCCACUACAGACCCCUCGUCGCCAGACCGAGGGCCGCCGGGAGCAGUGGAGGUCAUCCGCGAGUCCAGUAGCACGACGGGAAUGGUUGUGGGAAUCGUAGCCGCGGCCGCUCUCUGCAUCCUCAUCCUCCUCUACGCCAUGUACAAGUACCGAAACCGUGACGAAGGCUCCUACCAGGUGGACCAGAGCCGCAACUACAUCAGCAACUCAGCCACGCAAAGCAACGGCGCCCUAGUGAAGGAGAAGCAGCCCGGCACAGCCAAGACGGGCACUAAGAGCAAGAAAAACAAAGACAAGGAGUAUUACGUCUGAGCUCGGCCUCCAAAGGGACCGAGGCGGGAGAAGGAGAGAGAUAGGAUGAGGAAUGGAAAGGGAGAUUUUUCGGCAGUUAACCGGUCACUUAUAGUGCUCUGACAUCAGUCUUCUUUAAUUUCCUGUCUCGUCUAGCUGUUGGCCUCAUUUCCAGCGAGCGGUAAAGAGUAUGAAGGUGUCUAUAGGGUUUGGAAUCAUUCCUUCCCUCAUUUAAAUUUUUUGAUAGCUAAUCCCUGUUAUGAAAAGAAACUCUGCAAACCUUUUGUAUUAAUGAAAAGGGGAUUUUUCCGCACACUUAAUUUGACACUCUAGUUUGUUCUUUGUAAAUACUACUCGAGUCCUCAAUAUUCAGAUCAUCUCCUAGCCUGAUGUCAAAACACCCGUGUAUGCCAGGCUGCUUGGGCAAUCCAUUGUUGCUCCAUCAGAGCAUUGGAUGUGGUCGAGAAUUGUUUGGGAAUGAGAGCAGUUAGAUUGGAACGGCUUGGCAUAGGUGACAUUUCAGGAACAGAUGGUGCCGAAAACGUUAAGCAGUCACACUCCUCCGUAAUACUGCCAAACCAGCUCUGUGUCAAAUCCGUCUCCUUCUCUUUCCAAGUGCUUCACGUUUCUU